UCCCAAUAUCUCCAUUGAUGAAGGAUUUAAUUGCUCUGCCUCACACCUCAAGUGUCAUGAAGCGUGUUGGCUUUAUUUAAAGACUAUCUGGAACUUCUGCCAAUGCCACUCUCAGGUCAGUGCCCCGGGCUGCCUGGGAUAGGUAUAAAAGAGCUGAGCACUUUGCAGUCCUCUAUCCAGCUUCUUCCACUUGACUCCCUUCAGCUCCUGGGACUCCUUGACUGUGUCGAAGAUGUCCUGCUCCAGCCUGUGUGCCCCUGCCUGCGGUGUGGCCACCCCAGCCCCACUGGCUAACAGCUUCAAUGAGCCCUGCGUGCGCCAGUGCCCCGACUCCACCGUGGUGAUCCAACCCCCAGCCACCGUGGUCACCUUCCCCGGGCCCAUCCUCAGCUCCUUCCCACAGAGCUCCGUGGUUGGCUCAGCAGGAGUCCCCGCUGUUGGAUCGGGCUUGGGUGGCAGCUUUGGACGUAGUGCCGGCUUUGGGGGCUAUGGAGGCUUUGGGGGCUAUGGAGGCUCUUAUGGCCUUGGGGGCUUUGGGGGCUAUGGAGGCCUUGGCAGCUGUGGAUAUGGCAGCUGGGGCCGAGGUCUUGGGUCCCUCGGGGGCAGCUGCGGGCCCUGCUAAGCACAGCACGGCCUCCUGCCCUGGUCAAAGGGAAGCUCCAGAGAAGUCCUAGGACAUCCCCACCUGAUGCCAUGAAAAAGUGUUUCCCUUUGGCACUGCUGGGCUCUGGCGUUUGGACACCUUGUACCUGCACGGGGACCAGCACUAUCUUCCUCUACUCCAAGUUAGGUUCGCUUUAGGACUCGCAGCUCUGUGAUGACACUGUCAUGUGCUGGCUGCCUGCUCCUUGACCUCUGUCCUGUGCAAGAGAUUGGGGACAUCCUCUGGCCAGGGGCUGCCCUUCCACCAACUCUCGCAAACGUGGAACCUGCAAUAAAAUCUGUCUUGCAUCACAGUUUCCAUCUCUGAGUUUUCCUUCACAUCUCCUCGA